AUGGGGAACUUGCAUGCGGUGAAAGCCGUCAUUCUGCUGUGUGUUGUGACGCUAUGGUUCGGUGAGGAGGCGUUCGGAAUGACCUCUCAGGAAGCUGCCCAGAUAAACACACCAAGGUGGAAGCCCAUUGACGGUUCGAUGAAGUACGUGUCGGUGGGGUCCAAGGGAGUCUGGGGAGUGGACCACAACAACGCCACCUUUUAUCGCUCGGGAACGUUCGAGAAUGAAGCGUCUUCGGGCACCGACUGGGUGAACGUCGAGGGGCAGAUGAAGAAUGUCGCGUCGGGACACGCUGUCUGGGGCAUUGGAACCGAUAGCACCAUCUACACGAGACUUGGUACAAAUGCCAGUAACCCCACUGGAACAACCUGGUACCGACAUUUUGGAGGAAGCCAGAUAGACGUCAGCUCUACCGCAUAUUCAGUUUGGGGCGUCAAUCAUCAUGGCUCCACUUUUCUUCGGUUGGGGAUCACAGCAGAUACACUUAUAGAGGGGGCCUUUAGUUGGGGACUGAAGUUCGUGUCAACUGGGUCCGCGGGUGUGUGGGGGGUGAACAUGACCAACCACGUGUUCUACCGCGCGGGGACGCACGGGAACGAGGCUUCUACAGGCACCGACUGGGUUUACGUCGAGGGGAAGGAACUGAAACAGGUGUCGUCAGGAGACAACAUUGUCUGGGGAGUGGACGACGACAAUGACGUCUUCAUCAGGGAAGGAAUAAGUGCCAGCAUGCCUACUGGAACUGAAUGGCGCCUGUUGCCAGUGAAGAUG